AUGGGCAAGGCUAAAGCCCCUAAGCGGAACGCCGCCUCUUCCUCCUCGGGUCCCUACUCUCGACCCUCCCAGAAGACCAACAAUGUGUUCAAGUUUAACACAAACGUCGGUCAACAUAUCUUGAAGAACCCUGGUGUUGCGGACGCGAUCGUACAUAAAGCCGAGCUCAAGCCGACGGAUACCGUUCUGGAAAUUGGUCCCGGAACCGGUAACCUGACGGUGCGGAUAUUGGAAAAGUCAAAGAAGCUCAUUGCGAUCGAGUUCGAUCCUCGAAUGGCAGCCGAAGUCACAAAGCGUGUGCAAGGAACACCCGAGCAGCGCAAGCUCGAAGUUAUGCUUGGAGACGCCAUCAAGGUCGACUGGGUGCCUUUUGAUGUGCUCAUUUCCAACACGCCCUACCAGAUUUCCUCGCCCCUGGUGUUCAAGAUGCUUGCCAUGCCUAAGCCACCGCGGCAAGCGAUUCUCAUGUUCCAGCUUGAAUUCGGUCAAAGACUCGUAGCCAAGCCCGGAGACAAGCUUUACGGCAGAUUGAGUGUCAACGCCAACUUCUGGGCGACGUGCUCCAAUGUGAUGAAGGUUUCCAAGGCCAACUUCAGGCCGCCGCCACAAGUCGACUCUUGUGUUGUGCGCAUCGUGCCCAAGCAGGGUGCCGAGCGUCCCACCAUCGCCUUCGAGGAGUUUGACGGUCUUCUCCGUGUUAAAAAUCAGCUGGCUUGGUACAAAGGAAGUCCUUCAGAUGCUCGAGAAGGUAAUCACCGAAACCCUCUGCUUGGCAAAAAGUCGGAUUGCUCACAAAAUCCACAGAACUACCGUACGUGGGCAGCCAUGAACAACGUACCUCUUGACGACUCCCUUGUUGAGGACGACGAAGACGACGCCAUGGAGAUGGACGACGACGCGGACGCCGGUGCAGAGGAGGACGACGUCGAGCCCAUGGAUGACGACACGCCCGAAUUCUUCAAGGAGCUCAGCGCCGCCGCCGGCAAGGCGCCCGAGAAGACCAAGAGCAAGCGCAAGAAGACAAAGGUUGCCGCGCUCGUCCGGAGCAAGAUUGAGCGCGCGCUUGAGAGCACCGACCUGUUGGAGAAGCGCGCCCGCUCGUGUGAUGAGACGGACUUUUUGAAGCUGCUGUCCGCCCUCAACUCGGAGGGCAUUCACUUUGCUUGA